UCCGGUUUUUUGUUUACGAAUCGAAAAAGUGAAUUUUAUAAAUUAAAAUUGUGUUUCUUCUUAUUUAAUUCUUUUAAUUGUUACUUAUUUAGUAAUCUUAAGUGUAUUAGUGAUACUGUUCGCGAUGAAGAAAGUGUGAUUCGGACAGUACGAGUGACGAUGGACCCUGUCAACAAUAACCUAUUUGAAGUGGUACCAACCAAAAGCAAGAGGAAAAUCGCGACUCCUUGUCCCAACGUGUAUCUGAACCCAGCACUGGACCUUCUUGCCAACGAAGAUCCCAUGUGCAACAAUGCCAUGGAAAUUGUGCCCGUUAAGAAGCGGAAACGGACUCAAAGUUGUGAUAUCGCAGCUUUUGAGAACUCCGCUUUAGAUAUAGGCAUAAGUAAAGCUGCUGUGAAUGAAUUCUUGGUAAGAGAAUUAGAAAAUGUGAAGAAAAAUGUCAGGAGCAUCACUUCCGAAUCAGAUUGCAUUAAUCCUGAAAUAAAUCUUGAUAUUACGGAACCAAAGACUAUUUACAUGCCAAAUAUUGCUGUUUCUGAACCUAUUUAUGCGAAUUUAACUGAUGUUUUACCAGAAAGUAUUAAAUCUGAUGUCACUAUGCAAGAAAAUAGUAUCUCUGUAGCACAAAUCACUUCUAAUAACACAAUUAAUGCUACUCCUUACAUUGAUGAAAAUGAGGACAUGUCAAAUUUACCCGAAGAACCUAAUGUAGAGAAUUCUAUGGUUCAAAACUGUAUGGAUAUUUCGAAAAUUGAUAAUGAAAUUGAUUCAGGGAUAUCUGUCAUUGAACAAAAGUCUGCUACAGCCAUUGCUCAAGGUGACAAUACACCUACUGUAAAUACAACUAAUAUACAUACAAAUAUUCAAAAUCAGUUUUUUGUUAACAAUACCAGUAUGAACCUAAGUUUCAUAGACCGUUUGGCUCUUGACUCACCAAAUCUGUCUAACUCUUUCGUACUAGAUGACGACCUGAAUGAGAGCAAUAUAAUGGAAAUCAAAACUAUUACAAUAAUCACUAAGAAAAAACGUAUUAUUUCUGAUAAAAAGAAAAACACAAAUCCAUUUUUAGAUCCAAAUUUAAAUCAAAAUCUUGAGGCUAAUGCAAUUGAAGGAGUAGAAAAUCCAUUCUUAAAUACAAAUGAAACUAACACUGAGUUGGAAUAUAAUGAUGAAAUGCUAAACAGACCUGUUCAAGGGCCCAGUCAGCCAGUUAAUCCACUGAUGCCUAGAAGAUUAUUUGCACAUGACACUAACAGUACAAUAUCCACAGUAAAUGAGUCUAUUGAUCAACAUGAAUAUGAAAAUAUUGAUGGCUACCGAUCAGAGAGUCCUAUUUACGAGAAUGUUGGAGAAAUGUGCGAUAAUUUCAACAAGCAAAGCAAAAUUUUGGGCUAUGAUGUGUCUCAGUUCAGUGCUGUAGAUAUAAUGAAUCUGAACAAAACCAGUCAAGGAAACAGUUCCAAUGAAUCAACCGAAAACAAGAAAGACUUAAAACAUCAGUUUCUUAAAGUAGGCAACAAGCUCUCUAAGAAGGUUUUCAAAACUUUGAAAAGGACUUUCAAAGGAGACAAACAUAAUACAACCACUGCUGAUCCUAACAUUACUUUAAAUCCUUACGAAAUACCACGAAAACUUCCGAAAGAGAAAUCAGCAGGUAAAGAUUCAGGGAUAGAAAAUCCCGCUUUGGACGCAUCUGACAUUGAAAUUGAAGAGAUAGAUGAAGAUGAUGAUGAAGAACAUCAGUAUGAAACUAUUAAGACAUUAAGAAACACGCGGCUAAAUAUGAAUGUAACUCCAUUAAGAGAAAGGUCGAUUGACAAUUUAGACUUUUCACAUAACAAGACAAAUACUCCUGGGAAGAAAGUAAGGUUUGACUCCACGCUGAAUAAAGAAAAGAUUAUAACAGGGAACAGCUUUGACUACGGCAUACAAAGUCCUGGAUUUGAUGCAAAGAUAGACAAGUAUCACGACGAGUUAGAAAAUUGUAUAAAUGAAAGGAAGUUUUUGCAACAAAAUAUGUAAUAAAAAGCAGUUUUCCCUUUACGUCGGAAGAUAAAACAAUGCACUAUAUUAUACUACCAUAUUUACAGUCACGAGCAUUAAUAUGUAUACACUUUGGUACCAUGUCACAUUAACUUUUUUGACAAAUUGAACUGUAAAUGUCUCACUAAAUGUCAAAUAUGUUAGUGCGACAGAGUUCUAAAGUGGGUACAUUAUAUUGCUCAUGACUGUAGGUACUUAAUUAUUAUUUUUUUUCUUAACAAUCAUGUACUAGAUUUUAAUAAGUUCUUUAAUUUUUCUGUAAUAAGGGACUUUCCAGGCUACAUUCCCCCAAAAAAUAUAGAUGGCGCUGUACAGAUUUGCCUUCGUUUAACCUUCUCUUCUGUCCGUGCUUCGGAAGGCACGUUAAACCGUUGGUCCCGGUUACUACUUACUAAUGUAAGCAAGUAGACGUUACACGAGACAUGUCCGUGCGGGUUGUAAGGUACUCCACCUCACAACCCACACGAUAGAAGAAGAGAAGAAGAAGAAGAUUGUUUUUAGGUAUAAAUGAUGACCCUUGUUAUUACACCCAGGCACAACUCAUCUUCCACCCAGUGGCGUAGCGUAGAGGCGGCAGGGGCGGCCCGCCCCGGGCGGCACUUUUUAGGGGGCGGCAAAAUUUCACAAUCUAUAAUCUAUAUAAAAAUGAAACCCGUUGUCUGUUGUCACGACAUAACAUAAAAACGGCUUAACCGAUUUGGCAGAUUUUUUGUCUUCCGCCCCGGACGGCCGACACCCACGCUACGCCGCUGCUUCCACCCAUUAUUAUUCUGAUCAGAAUAAAAAGAAGCAAUAUAGGUACCUAGCAACAUAAAUCUAUUCGUAUCUGUUCCAAAUAUCAAUCACCAAUUAUUUUUUAUACAAUAUGACUCUGCCAUUAGAUAAUAUUUUUGAAUAAUUAUGUACCUCAGAUAUAAGAAAAUAGGUAAAAAUCACGUUAAAUGUGAACAACGCCAUCUAUAUUGUUUUUGGGGAAUGUUGUAUGGAAAGAACCUCAUUGCAACAGUGGGUUUAGGACUUAUAUUGUAAGUUCCUAUGCCUAUAUUUUAAAAGUAUUAAAUUAUCAUGUUAAGUUUUAGAAUGUAACCAAAGCAUAAUGAAUUCCAAAGUAUUUUUAAAUCCUAUUUGCACUAUCUAUUCAUUUUUACGAUGUUCUGAGGCUCACAAUGAAAAUAUUAUGUAAGUACAAAAUCUUAGUUGAAUAAGUUAA